AUGCUUGCUGAGCGUGUUAUAAAAGUAUUCACCAAGAUCAUCCUCACACGCAUAUCUAGGACGCUGGAUGAAGCCCAGCCUCAAGAACAAGCUGGAUUCCGCCAAGGGUUCAGCUGCUUGGACCACAUCCAGACCGUGUCGAGGGUCAUAAAGGUUUGCCGGGAACACCGCCUGCCCCUUGUUCUAACCUUCGUCGACUAUGAGAAAGCCUUUGACAGCGUAGAAACGAAUGCAAUACUGUCAGCGCUGGUCGAUCAAGGUGUGGACGCGUCGUAUAUGAGGACAUUAGCCAAUUGCUACGAACGAUGCACGACUAGGAUACAGCUUUUCCACCGCCCUCUCACCAUACCCAUUGGAAAGGGGGAACGACAAGGCGAUACUAUAUCGCCGAAGCUGUUCAAGGCUGCAUUGCAAUGGAUAAUGAAGUCACUAUCCUGGGAACAAAGGGGCACACGUGUUGAUGGAAGAUUUCUCUCGAACCUUCGUUUCGCGGACGACAUCGUUCUCUUUUCAAGCAGUACCAAUGAAGCAGAAACGAUGCUCAACGAAUUGAACGAAGAAGGGAAGAGAAUAGGACUACGAAUAAACAGAAAGAAGACAGUUCAUGAAGAACGCCCACUGCGAGGACGGAGGAGUACAACUUGA